UUGUUGACGAUUCUAAUCGACAGUUGCGGUACACGCAUGCGCGUGUUUUCCUGUUUGAAGGUUUCCUGUAUGUAGCGAUGCUACUGCUAUCUGCGGCGGCAGUCUCAGGAGAGACCACCACAGCACCCUCCCACCGCUGCCCGCAGGCUUGUGACUGCUCAUCAGACGAUGGUACACAUGUUAGAGUGGUGUGCGAUCGCGGUGGUAUGUCCGGCUCCGUGCCCACGGGCGAGAUGCCCGCCGCCCUGGUACGACAGCUUCGCAUUGUCGCUCCCGCUCGCGGACCACCCAAUCACCUCACCAUCGGGCCGCUCUUCCACAACUUCUCCAGCCUGCUCUCGCUCGUCGUCACCAAUUCCGGAGUGCCUGCUCUCGGCUCCAGGUCCUUCGUCGGACUCAUCGCGCUCCAAGAGCUGGACCUGUCGGGGAACGCGGUGAGCCACGUGUCCGGAGAGGCGCUGGUGGGCGUGCCGGCGCUGCGCUCCCUAAACCUGGCGGACAACCGCGUCGAGUCUGCGCCCAGCGGCGCCUUCCGGCACACGGCCAGCCUGCGCCGCCUCUCGCUGGCCGGCAAUCGGCUGGCGGCCCUGCAGCCGCGGCUCUUCCGCGGGCUCAGCCACCUGCAAGCUCUAGACCUCAGCGGGAACCCGCUGUCGCGCCUCGACGAUGCCGUCUUCUGGGACGUGCAGGAGCUAAGUGAAUUGCGAUGCUGUGGCUGCCUGUUGGUGUCAUUGUCUUCUGUGCCAGCACUGCCACAGUUGCGCCUACUUGAUCUGUCAGAUAACCUGCUACAACAGAGAACAUUCCCAGCAGCAGAGGCCUCACGCCUCUGGCCAGAGCUGCGGGAGCUGUCGCUUGCGGGAAACGGACUGACGUCAGUACCAGUGACAGCACUGCCGGAACACCUUGGCACCAUGUCACUGGCACGUAAUGAGCUGGCUGGGCUGGGUGCACUCAAACUGCCCUCGUGGCUGCGUGAGCUGGACUUGUCUACCAAUCCACUUGCAUCUUCUGCUGUUACUCAACUUCUACAGGAGGAGCGGCAGCUUCGUAACUUAUCUGUGGCCUACACUGGUUUGUCAGAGAUACCAAGUUCAGCAAUCCCUGCUGUGUUAAAGCUGCGGUUAUUGGAUCUUAGAGGAAAUCCAUGGACCUGCACUGAGUGUCAUGCUGCUCCACUAUUGAUAGCAACAGAGAAUGCGGAUUGCACUUUCGUCACCAUUCACUGGCCUACAUGCCACUGGCCUUCAAGUACUGAUGGACUUGUACUUUCCAGUUUGAGAAUAGAGCAGCUUCCUCCAUGUGAAGUGUACAGGAUUAAUAAAAAUGGUGGGAUAUUUGGAGACAGUGAAACAUUUGCCGCAGUAAUGGGGGUUUCUCUGCUAAUACUGGCAGUAGCACUAAUGGUCAUUGCUGCUGGACUUUAUCGACGUUAUUAUGUGGCCCAUUACUACACCCAUGAAGAACUCCAUGGGCCAAUCUCAAAUAGCUCACCAGAAUUUGCCGAUGAUACAAACUAUAAUCUCUACUGGCCUUUAGUUUCGAGUACUAACAUGAGUUCAAUUGAAAAGUUGUCUUCAUUUAAUGGAAAUGGAAAUUUUAUCACUGUCUCAUGAAACAGACAGUGAGGAAGUAUGGCUAGAAGAAACUUGAAGACUUGUAAGAUGAACCUGUUUUGAAAGAAUCUGAUCAGGGUACAAACUGCAAAGCGUAUGAAGUUAUGGUAAUUAUAAUUUAAUGUAAGACAUAAUGGGCAGAUUAACCUUGGAAAAGAAGUCCAAAUAAUCUUGGUAUAUUUCAAAACCAAAAGGUUUAUCAGAGAAAGAGAAUGGAUCUUUGAGGUUUGCUGGUAGACCUGAUGACAGAAACAGAAUGGGUAACAGGAAAACAAAAAUGAGACAGCUACAUAACUUGAAGCAAGUGACUGAAACAUUGGAACAGGAAUACAAAAGUAACUCAUAACAUAGGAAAUGGGAAAGAGAUCAGAGAGGACAGUUCAGCAGGUCAAAGUAAGUCAAUACAUCAUCACUGGCAUAAUUACUGCCUUUACUGUCAUAAUUAUAAAUAGAGGCAAAAACAAUUUUGUGUUUACUGAGUUUGUUAUCCAUU